GAGCUGCCCGAAAAGCAGAGGCCAGGCCAGCUCAGAGUCUGCCAGCUCUCACUGAAGCCAACUCUCACUUUCUCCACCAUGCAGAUCUCUGCCAUACUUCUGUGCCUGCUGCUCACAGUGGCUGCCUUCAGCAUCCACAUACAGGCCCAGCCAGAUGGGAUCAAUUCAUCCACGUGCUGCUAUGUCAAGAAACGAAAGAUCCCCACGAAGAAUCUCGAGAGCUACAAGAAGAUCACCAGUAGUCACUGUCCCUGGGAAGCAGUCAUCUUCAAGACCAAGAAGGGUAUAGAAGUCUGUGCUGAAGCCCAGCAGCAGUGGGUCCAAGAUGCCAUGAAGUACCUGGACCAGAAAACCCAGACUCCAAAGCCUUGAAGAGUCAUGCCUGAACAGAAAUCAACCCAGGAGACAAGAAACGAAAAAAUCUGCACCCUUGUUUUUUUCUGAGGACUGUGCUGAGAUGGACUGAUUGUAUCUCUAAGAGACAGGAGCUGUCUUUAGGAAUGUGAAACUGUCAUGUUUAAGGAAUUAUCUCUAAUUAUUAAUAUUUUAUUUAAUUUGCUAUGUACUUGGAUGUGUUUUGAAUGUAAAGCCCUGGACACCCUGUCACUUUAAUGUUGUAUUACCUGCAGAAGGCUUUCCCCCAUUUACUUUGCAUCAGUAUCGUGAAGGGGCCUUGCAAGAAUCAGCACCAAGAUUUUAUAAAAAAGUAUUUAGGAUGAAAUCAUAAUGUUAUGAUACUGUGGAAUUUUUAUAUGUAUAACUAUUGAAUUUCCAUAUAAAAUAUAUUUUUGCAUAAAAUCCUA